AUGCGUUUCCUUGAAUUGCUCGUUGCUAUUACUGCUACUGCUGUUGUUGCUGUCAGUGCUGCACCCGUUGCUAACAACGGCAUGAUGGUUGCUCCCAUAGACACCAACAACAUGGUGUUUGAUCCCAAGACCAUGAAGCGUCAAUCAGGUAGAAGACAACAGCAAAUCAACAAGUAUCAAAAGAGACACAAGCCCUGUUGCGGUGGUACCCUUGGCUUGGGAUUUGAUGCCCAAGCUCGUCUUGAUCUUGGUACCAAUGGUGCUGCUGCUGUCGAUCCUCCCGUUGCUGCUAAUGCCAACACCGGUGCUGCUGCUAAUGCCAAUGCCAAUGCUAAUGCCAAUGCCAAUGCUGCUGUUCCUGCUCCUGGAGAUACCAUCAAUGUCCAUGUCGAGAACAACCAUUCCAACUAA